CUCCCCUCCCCGCACCCGGCUUCUCCGAGCCACUAACCUGCGGCUGCAGCGGCCGCCCGCGCCCCGGCAGCACCAUGACAGAUCAGGCCUUUGUGACACUGACCACAAACGAUGCCUACGCCAAGGGUGCCCUGGUCCUGGGCUCAUCCCUGAAACAGCAUAGGACCUCCCGAAGGCUGGCCGUGCUCACCACCCCACAGGUCUCAGACACCAUGAGAAAGGCUUUAGAGAUAGUCUUUGAUGAAGUCAUCACCGUGGACAUCUUGGACAGUGGCGACUCUGCGCAUCUCACCUUAAUGAAGAGGCCUGAGUUGGGUGUCACACUGACCAAACUGCACUGCUGGUCCCUUACCCAGUAUUCAAAAUGCGUGUUCAUGGAUGCAGAUACUCUGGUCCUGGCAAAUAUUGAUGAUCUUUUUGAGAGAGAAGAGCUGUCGGCUGCACCAGACCCAGGCUGGCCUGACUGCUUCAACUCCGGGGUCUUUGUCUAUCAGCCUUCAGUGGAAACCUAUAAUCAGCUGUUGCACGUUGCUUCUGAGCAAGGCAGUUUUGAUGGUGGGGACCAGGGCUUACUGAACACAUUUUUUAACAGCUGGGCAACAACAGAUAUCAGAAAACACCUGCCAUUUAUUUAUAACCUAAGCAGCAUUUCUAUAUACUCCUACCUCCCAGCAUUCAAAGCGUUUGGUGCAAAUGCCAAAGUUGUGCAUUUCCUGGGGCAAACUAAACCAUGGAACUAUACUUACGAUACCAAAACAAAAAGUGUCAGAAGUGAGGGCCAUGAUCCCACCAUGACUCAUCCACAGUUUCUCAACGUGUGGUGGGACAUCUUCACCACCAGUGUUGUACCUCUGCUUCAACAAUUUGGCCUUGUCCAAGAUACCUGCUCAUACCAACAUGUGGAAGAUGUCUCAGGAGCCGUAUCACACUUGUCCCUUGGGGAGACCCCGGCCACCACACAACCUUUUGUGUCCUCAGAAGAACGGAAAGAGCGAUGGGAACAGGGCCAGGCUGAUUACAUGGGAGCAGAUUCCUUUGACAACAUCAAGAAGAAACUUGACACUUACCUCCAGUAGCACUGGACACACCCACUUCACAGGCACUUGUUUCUGAUACUUAGCAUCUAGAGCUGGGUUGAGAAAAGUCUGUUACAGCUGCUAGAGGCUUUCACUAAAACUCAUCAGAUGAAGGGUUUCUGCAGAGCGAGAACUGGGCAAAAGUUGUGAGGUAGCAGUUCUGUUGUAUGGACAGUGUUCUGCUUGGACAGUGUUCUGCUUUUCAACACUUGACUGACUUAGCUGUUUCACGAACUUUCACUUAGGCAGACUGCCAAUUAUACAUGGUAAAGGCAAUAUAUAUCGAUAUAAAUAUAUAUUGAUAUAUCAAACUAUUAAGAUGGCUAUAUCAAUUCUUUGGGGGAAAAGUACAGAGCCAGGUUCCCAGUCAGUUUCCCUUCCAGACAGCACAUGGCAUCCGGUCCCCUGCUUGCUUGCUUGCUUGCUUGCACCCUUCACUAGACCUGCAUUGUAGAAUUGCCCAGAGGCUAUCAGAGUAAAGACAGCCUAUAAUAACACUGCUGAGUGACUCAUAGCAACAAUGGCAUCAGCAGCUGGCGCGAACCCAUUUCAUUGCCUAGCCUGUGUCUGAAGAUGUUCACCAGUGUUCUGUGUACAGUGAGGAGGCAGCAUGCGGAAAUGCUUUUGUUCAGUUCUGUAUAUUUGAAAAUAGU